ACAUUGUGACCUAAGAGACCUGUUUUAAUGUAGACCUGAAAAAUCGAAAUCUACUUUUGAAAUGUCAAAAAACGAAUUAUGAGCUGGUAUGUAACGCAUCGUAACGUAAUUUUGGAAACAAAUCUAGCAAUUCAAACUCGUGAAUAUCUAAGUGUUAUCAGAAAACAUGGUCGCCUAAAUUUAUGGCAACUAGGACAGAUGCAUAUCUGUUUGCUUAUUUAACACUCCAAGGUCUGCAUGCAUUAGUCAUGAUUACGCACAAGAAUCGGUUUUAUCUAUUGACCGGUAUAAAUUGGUUGGGUUUAUAAAAUAUCCGAUCAGUCCUUAUUUGUCAGUUGCCUUUUUGGUUUCAAUAGUGAAGAUUUUAAUAGCAUUUUCCUAAACAUGGGGCGCUUUGAGAUUUUUGUGUUUUUUGUUGCACUUACAACGUUCGUUUCAUCGCAAGAUUUUCGUGAGCAAUUUGGAACAGAUUCCGAGUUGUCCUGGACAAUUGACGAAACAAAAAUCGUGUUUACGGCAAAAGUUAAGGGGACUGGAUGGGUGGGGCUUGGUCUUAAUGACAAAGAACCUUGGACUGGGACGGAGGUUAUGAUUGGGGGGUGGGAUGCAAUGCCUCGACCCACAACUACGACCAGGCCAACUACUGCACCACCAACUACGCCAACAACCCAACCACCAACUACGGUAACAACCCAAUCACCAACUACGGUAACAACCCAACCACCAACUACGGUAACAACUCAACCACCAACUACGGUAACAACCCAACCACCAACUACGGUAACAACUCAACCACCAACUACGGUAACAACUCAACCACCAACUACGGUAACAACCCAACCACCAACUACGGUAACAACUCAACCACCAACUACGGUAACAACCCAACCACCAACUACGGUAACAACUCAACCACCAACUACGGUAACAACUCAACCACCAACUACGGUAACAACCCAACCACCAACUACGGUAACAACUCAACCACCAACUACGGUAACAACCCAACCACCAACUACGGUAACAACCCAACCACCAACUACGGUAACAACUCAACCACCAACUACGGUAACAACUCAACCACCAACUACGGUAACAACUCAACCACCAACUACGGUAACAACUCAACCACCAACUACGGUAACAACUCAACCACCAACUACGGUAACAACCCAACCAUCAACUACGGUAACAACCCAACCACCAACUACGGUAACAACCCAACCACCAACUACGGUAACAACCCAACCACCAACUACGGUAACAACUCAACCACCAACUACGGUAACAACUCAACCACCAACUACGAUAACAACUCAACCGCCAACUACAACUGCUGGGAAAUUCAGAAUCCUCCCCCUCCCCCUUCAAAAUCCUCGAGGGGAAUACUAUGAAAAACGUAUCGGAAGUGAAGGAACGGAUGGCCUUGGCGGCACCUACACCGGCAGCGCCUGGACCUUUGUUAGUGCAAGUGAGACCGAGGAGAACGAAGAAUUUUACACAUACGUUCAAUGGGAACGUCUCCUCGAGACCAAUUCUGAGACGGACAUCAAAAUUGUUGAUGGGCAACGGACCUACGUUUAUGUCGGAUAUGGAAAUAAUGACGACUCUCCAACGACUACCUUUACAAAUUCAUUAUGGAAAUCCAUUAAUUUAAGGAAUCCUAGUAAUUCAGCCAUGGGAAUUAGAGCAGGAUGGAUAGGAAUGAUUUCUGUGAUGCUAGUUGUAUUGUUUGGGAGAAUGUAAUUUUUUAAUAAAUAUAUUUGAUAAAAAUGUGGAGUUGAUUAUUUAA